AAUUCAGUAAGAGAAGAGUGCAGUUGGUUUAUAUUUCAAAAUCUCGUCCAAGACUUUAGUCGCAUGCUUUUCCUUAAUUGACUUCAUGUCGGGAGCUGUGUUCCUUCCUACAAGUGUCAGUCAGGUAUGCAAUUCAGACAUGGUCAGUAGUCUCGGACGAAAAGCCAAGCGCGACAUCCCCCACGUCGUCGAGCUCCAGGGUAUGCCGAUCCCCACCACUCCGAGUAGUCAGUCAGGCGAGGAUCUGGCCGUCCCAUCCACACCUUUCUACACUACGGAGUACAGAGCUGCUCCAAGAAGGUGGAAGAAUUACAACUGGUAA